AUGUGGAGAGCCAUCCCAGCCGUGUUACCCGGCGUCAAGAUACGAGGAUGUUCGUUCCACUGGGCCCAAUGUAUCUGGCGCAAGAUUCAAGAGAUCGGUCUUGCACCCGCAUAUCGAAACGACGAGGUGACACACAAACUCUGCAGAGAACUACUCGCCCUCCCACAUGAACAUAUUCGCCCGCUGUUUGAAAAACUUGCAAAACGUGCAACAACCGAACAUCUGAAGACGCUCACAGACUACAUCCGCCGAAACUGGGUCGACACCACGGAAUGGACCCCGAAGAAGUGGAGCGUCUUUAAUCAGCCCAUCCGAACUAACAACGAUUGUGAGGGGUGGCACGGUGACCUGAAUCGCCACGCUCGUCGGGGAAACAUCGCAUUCUACGUCUUGGUGAAGCUUCUUCACGAACAGGCUGAACUUGUCAGCAUCCAAGUCCGUCUUGUGCAAGCCGCAAAGUUAAAACGUAGACAACGAGCCCAGUACCGCCAGAUCCAAGGGAGACUAUUCGCCGUAUGGGAUGACUACAUCGAAGGAAGGAAAAACGCUCGCCAGUUGCUCCGUUCAUGUUCCCAUCUCGUUGCCCCAAGUUCGGACGGUUAUAUGGACUAA